AUGCAUACAAAACUUGCGGAAGAAAAUGUAAAUAAAAUUAAGCAGAAGAAGGAGGUGGUGUUGCCCGCUGCCGUGGAUUCCGAUGAGGCAGAAGAAGAUGAAGAAAUGCCGGUGGAGACUGAAGGCUACGAUUCCAUGAUUGAAAAUGGAACGAGUGAUGAGAGCGAUGAAGAAGAACUAGAAGAUGAUGACGAUGACAGUGAUGAUGGUUUCUCAGAUAAGGAGGAGGAGCAGGAACCUACAAAACCAAAUAAAAAACGCAAGCAAGAACAGCAACAAGUUUCUGCACCCCAACAACAACCGGAUGCUAAGAAACCCAAGAAAGCUGCUGGUGUUGCUGCUGUGGGUGGUGAAAAAGUCAAACCACCCACACUGGAGGAAAUUAACGAAUUGAAAGAAACUCGCAAUCUCUUCCACUCAAAUCUAUUUCGUUUGCAAAUCAAGGAAAUGUUGGAGGAGGUGAAGAUAAAAGAUAAAUACAACAACUACAUUAACAGUUUUAUGGAACAAUUUAAGGGAUUUGUAAAAGGUCUUAAGGAUAUGCCCGAAAAAGAAGAUAUGAACAAAUUGUCGUUCUUAAAGAAACACAAUAUCACAGUACCUCUUAACCUGCCAGCUUUGAAGGUACAACAACAAAAAUUGUUCCAAUUUCAAUUUCUGAAACCCACCGUUGAGCCAUUCUUCAUUGGGGCCUGCAACACACACACCCUUUUGGGACCACAGCUGCAAGCAGAUAUUUGUGUUGUAAUGCCAGCCGAUUGUUGGCAAAAGGAGAACUAUUUAAAUUUGCAAUAUGACCAAAAACGGGCAUUUUAUUUGACCUAUUUAACACACAAGCUAUUGGAGUCGAAAAUAAUUCCCGAUCUAACGGCAAGCCAAUUGAAAUUUGUCUAUUACAAAAAUAAUCCAUUGAAACCGUUGCUGGAGAUUACCCCUCCCGAGACGGCGGGUAAGAAAUUGUCUCAGAAAUUGGUAUUUCGUAUAUUUGUUGUUGGUGAUGAAAGUUCAUUUAAAUUGAAUCGUUUUGUACCAUGGAAUAACAAUAUACGUUCCACCCUUUAUGGUGUGGAGGAAGACGCCAGCGGCACCCGAACUGCCACACCCAACUACAAUUCAAAUGUUUUGUUCGAUUUAACAAUGCAGGCAAAUCAAAAACUCCUGAAUGAGACUUUUGAAAAUCGUAAAAAUUUCCAAGAAGGUUUUUUGUUGCUUAAAGUGUGGCUGCGCCAAAGGCAAUUGGAUGUGGGUUAUUGUGGUUUCAGUAGCCAUAUAAUGGCCAUGUUUAUUGCCUUCUUGGUGAAACAAAAGAAAUUACACAAUAAUAUGAGCAGUUACCAGGUGGCACGUAAUGUUUGGAAUAAUUUGGCCCUCUCCAAUUGGAACGAAAUGAAUAAGGGCAUAAGCCUUAGUAGCGGAGCGAGCAGUGUUCCAAAUCAACCCACAUUGGAACAAAUGCAUUCACAUUUCAAAGUCGUUUUUAUUGAUUGCACGGGAUUCUAUAAUAUUUGCUCCAAUUUAUCUGAGGACAUGUAUAAACGUAUACAAAUGGAAUCGAAAUUGGCUGUGGAUAUGCUGAACGAUAUGAAAUUGAAUAGUUUCCAAUAUUUAUUUAUGAUGAAAGUGCCACUAUACACUCAAAUGGAUCACAUUCUCAAAAUUAACAAAUCCGAUGCUGUGGAACAAAUCUUGGAAAUGCAUGUCAGCCCAGCCGAUAAAUAUAACAAUGCUGGUUAUACAUAUACCUUGUUGCAUGAAACCAUUACCAAACUUUUAAAAAAGGGUCUACAUAAAAGAGUUGACUUCUUGAUACCUCUCGAACAAGCGAUAUUGCCCUGGCAUAUAAAUGAAUGCCCCUCAGAAGCUUUGCAAGAGCUUCAUUUGGGGGUUAUUUUAAAUGCCGAAAAUGCCUAUGAAAUUCUUGAUAAAGGUCCAGAAUCCAUCGAUCCAUCGGCAGCAGAAUUUCGUGCAUUUUGGGGUGAGAAGGCCCAACUGAGACGUUUCCAAGAUGGUACCAUCACCGAAUCUGUUGUAUGGGCAAAUGCCAAUGAUGAUCUAGCCAAGAAACGUUUAAUUGUCCGUUCCAUUGUCCUGUAUUUAUUACAACAUCAUUUCCAAUUGGAACAAAAAGAUAUUGAAUAUAUUGCUGGGGAAUUAGAUUCUGUCUAUACGCUGACGAAAAGUUUCAAAAUCGACAAUAUCAAGAGUAAAUAUAAAAUCCAACAGGACACCGAUGCUGAGGCCUUGUCUCUGCAUGUUAUCAGGGAAUUUGAUGAUUUGGCAAGGAAAUUAAAUGCCCUAAAGGAUUUACCUUUGGAAAUUGUAUCCAUUGCUCCCAUAUCACCGGUAUUGAGAUAUUGUGAUCCCCGGCCCGUGUUGCCACAGGCUCGUUGCAUACAAGAACAAUUUUUUGCCAAUAAUGUUCAGUAUGGUAUUAUACAACUAGGCCUGAGCGGUAAAUGGCCUGGUGAAUUGGGUGCCCUGAGGGCCUUGAAAACAGCAUUUUAUAUACAAAUUGCUGCUUUAUUGCGUGAUCAUCACAAACUUCAAUGCAAGGUGACAUAUGAUGGAGUGUUGAUACUAAAACAGGGCUACUGUUUUAAUUUGGAAAUUGCCCAUCCCAAAGAGGUGGGCCUAUUGAAGAGGGAAAUAAAUGAAAAGGGCAUAAAACAACAUGUAGAUUGUCCCGAAAGUAUUGCCUUGGAAAAACGGCAUUAUGUACUACCCAAAGUUACAGGCGCUUUAAGGGCAUUACAUCAAACUCAUCCCUCGUUUGGUCCCACCGUAAUGAUCGCCAAACGUUGGUUAUAUUCACAAUUAAUUGAUGAUGGCCAAUGGCCAGAGGAAUGUACCGAACUAUUAAUUGCCUCACAAUUUCUAAAAACCUCCACAAAAUGUAUUAGCAAUGCACCACAAAUGUCGUUUAUUCGAUUUUUACAUUUAUUGGCCAAUGCGGAUUGGAAAACGGAAAUGUUUUUAAUUAAUUUUAAUAAUGCCAUGCAGGAAACGGAAAUUUCCGAUUUGGAACAAAAGUUUAGCACGGAAAGAGAUGCAUUUCCCCCCUUGUGCCUGGUAACAUCAUAUGAUCGACAACAUUAUGGCAAAAUAUGGACAUCGGAACAACAACCAAAUAUACAUGUUUUGGCUAGGGUUACACUGCUGGCAAGGCAAUGUUUGGAAAUCAUUGAAUCUUCGCUGCUAACAAAUGCCAGCUUUAUAAAACCCGCUUAUAUUUUUAAAGCCCCCACGGAGGGUUAUGAUUUGGUAAUACAACUAAAACCCGAGGCGGUGUCCAAUGCUUUGACUUUUGAAUUGGGUUCACCGUUUGUGGACUUUACAAAACCCAAUUGGCAUAUGCCUUUGGCGGGUAGUAAUUUUAUGAGAAAUGCUGUGCAGAAAUUAAGGGAAGCCUAUUCCGAGUUUGCCGCCUUCUUUUAUAAUCCCUGUGGUGGUAAAGAAAUUGCUGUGGUUUGGAAACCCAAUGCCUUCGAGUCAAAAGAAUUCAAAGUUAACGAGGUUAAUGGUUGUUCGCUGGCUGCCAAUGACCCCAAGAAAGUUCAGGCAAAAAAAGAAAUUCUAAUUGAAGAUUUCAAAUUCAUAUUAAAAGAUUAUUAUAUGCGAAUUGGCAGUGUCGAGAGUGUUAGAAAGGCCUCAGUCAACAAAUCUUUGGAAAAUGCAAGUGCAAUUAAAAAAGAAAAACCAAGAUAUUUCACGAAAAAUAUGAUGAAGAAAUAA